GGGGGCUCCGGAUGCUCAAGAGGCCGUGCCUUGAUCUCUCGCUGUCUCGCUUGCUCUGCCUGCUUCCCUCUUGUUAGUCUUCCUCCGGCUGCUCUCCUCUCACUCUUCGUAUCGUGCAUUUCCUUGUGUAUUCGGCACCUUCGCUAUGGAUGAAGAUUAUGACGUGAUUGUGCUCGGCACUGGCCUCAAGGAAUGCAUUCUCAGUGGACUGCUCUCCGUUGAUCGCCUCAAGGUGCUUCAUAUGGAUAGGAAUGACUACUACGGGGGAGCUUCGGCAUCACUGAACUUGAACCAGUUAUGGAAAAAGUUUAGAGGGGAUGAGAAACCUCCGGCCUUCUUGGGCUCCAGCAAGGAGUAUAACGUGGACAUGGUUCCCAAGUUUAUGAUGGCGAACGGUACCCUUGUGAGAGUUCUCAUUCACACGGAUGUGACAAAAUAUUUAUUGUUUAAGGCUGUUGAUGGAAGCUACGUCUACAAUCAAGGAAAGGUUUACAAGGUUCCAUCAAAUGACGUGGAGGCACUGAAGUCUCCUUUGAUGGGACUAUUUGAAAAGAGGCGUGCCCGCAAAUUUUUUAUCUUUGUCCAGAACUAUGAGGAGGCCGACGCCAAGACACACGAAGGAAUGGACUUGCGGGCAGUUCCAACUAAAGAGCUCUUCGAGAAGUUCGGGCUUGAUGCUAACACAAUUGACUUCGUCGGACAUUCGCUAGCGUUGCAUCGUGACGAUCGUUUCUUGACUGAGCCAGCUUUGGAUACUGUGAAAAGAGUGAAACUCUACGCCGAGUCAAUGGCUCGCUUCCAAGGAGGAUCACCCUACAUUUAUCCGCUAUAUGGCCUCGGCGAGUUGCCACAGGGGUUUGCUCGUCUCAGUGCUGUCUACGGCGGCACCUACAUGCUUGCCAAACCCGAGUGCAAGGUUGAAUUUGAUGAGAUGGGUCAAGUUGUGGGAGUCACCUCUGAGGGUGAGACCGUGAAGGCCAAGAAAGUUGUUUGUGACCCUUCAUAUUUGCCCAAUAAGGUUAAGAAGGUCGGGAAGGUUGUGCGCGCUAUCUGCUUCAUGAGCCAUCCAAUUCCAAAUACUAGUGACUCUGAUUCGGUUCAAAUAAUUCUGCCGCAAAAGCAACUUGGUCGCAGAUCAGACAUGUAUGUGUUCUGCUGCUCUCACUCUCACAAUGUUGCACCUAAAGGCAAGUAUAUAGCAUUCGUUUCAGCAGAGGUGGAGACUGAAAAUCCUGAAGCUGAGCUUGAGCCAGGGCUUGCACUCCUUGGAAAAAUUGAUGAGAAGAUUAUUGACAUGUAUGACAUGUACGAGCCAGUCAAUGAUUCUUCACUUGACAACUGCUUCAUUUCGAAGAGCUACGAUCCAACAACUCACUUCGAGACGACAGUGCAAGAUGUACUUUCAAUGUAUACCAAAAUCACUGGAAAGAAUCUGGAUCUGAGCGUGGACCUAAGCGCAGCAAGCGCUGCCGAGGAGUAGUGAUGGAUGUUACAAAUUUAGGUGUUUUCUCCCAGUAGACCAUGAGAGUCUUCUAAUAUCUCCAGGCUCUAUUGUUGACUAUUUUUGUGUGAGGCAAUUUACGUACACAUGUUUAUUCAAUGACGAAUGCGGCAAACUUUUCCUGCAAGUCAUUCGACAUCCUUGAGGUCAUACUGGUGACGAUCUGACAUCUCAAAUGGAUGAAAAAAAGUGGCGUGUACAUUCUGUACAGCCUGUCCGGCUCGCAAUAUUUUCUUUGCUUUGUGUGCACCCAAAAGACUUGUAAGCUUGGUAUAUGUUGGACAAAGAAUAAAGUGGGGGCAAGACACACAUGGACUGAGGAUCACUCCCAUCAACACGCUAAUUACAAAGCUGUUUUGGGAAGGAUUUUCAGAAAUUUCCUUGGAUGCGAAGCAAAUGCUUCUGCUUAAGUUGUCUCACAGGAUUUUCCUCUCA